UGUCCAAUGAAAUUCCUAUGAAAAUCUUCGCUAUUUGUAUUACGUUGCCACUUCCCCAGCCAGUGACCUACGGCGUACGCUUAUUACCAGCAAAUCUUCGUCCACCCUUAUAAAUUGCAGUCUCUAUCAUCCGCCGGCCAUCCCCUCCAAAACCCUUUUCACGAUCGGCCACCACUGAUGGCCGUCACCGAAACCAACCCCACCGCCUUAGCCCUUUUAAUUCUCAGAAACCUGGUUGCCCCUGCCCUCAUCUACGCUGAUAAAUCCCUUGUUACUCUUGGACAAAAAUACAAACUCCUUGAAUUCAUUCGCUAUCUCUUCAUAACUGGGUUUCUCUUCUUCUUACGUUUACUUCCUUCAUUAUUGACUUGUUUUAAUCCAAUUACUGAUCAUAAUCACCUCCUCAAAUCACCCAAAAAUGAUAAUCACGCCGCCCUCACUCUCCGCGGCGGCGAUUCAGGUAUUGCUCGAGCACUUCUUCAGAUCUUGUCGCUAAUUAAUGAUAUACCUGUUAGCUCCAGGAAAUAUGAAGUUGUUCGAUCUUUAGCUGAGAAGCUAAUAGAGGAGAACCAGAGUGGGGACAUUGAGGCCUUGCGUUUGGUCAAUCGUACAAGUUUAUCGGCGGCCUUUGAGAGGACACUUAGACAGCUUGAAGCCGCCAUGAUGGAGCUUGGCUAUGAACCGGAGGAGAAUUGGCAGGUGCGAAACCAGUUGAACCGAGUUUUAAGAGUGGUUAGGUCUGUUAAAUAUGGGACACUGGGCGCUUUGGGUGGGAGGACGAGAGAUGGAAUGGAACAGUUGGAGGAGAAGUUGGCGGCGGAGCUGCUAUGGUUGUCGCAGAAGUUGGCCGCUUGCGGUUGCGGGGAGGAAGCUGUUCUUAGGUGGGCCUCGGCUUCGAAUUUGGCUUGGUUCGCUCUCUCGGCUGAACCGCGGCUGCAAGGUUCAUUGCUCAAGAUAUCCGCAUUUCUGUUCAAGCAGGCUAAAGAAUGGGAAGUAGAAGAAAUAGAAGGCGACAAAAAACAACAACAAAGGCAAAUAAAUAAGAAGAUGCUAAUGGCUUGGUUGCCAUUAUUAUGCAAAGCUUGUAAUGGCACUGAUUUACCAGUGCUCACCACUCUGGAAAAGGCUGAGUUAGAGAAAAUUCUGGAAGAGCUCAUAGGGAGUUUGGAGCAUGAAGAGGAUCAAGAGCAAGUCUUGUCUUUGUGGCUUCAACACUUUACAACUUCCACUUCUUCUGAUUGGCCUAAUCUCCGACCCUCUUUUGAUCACUGGUGCACUGCUGCCCGUAAGCUCUUGAUUCUCCAGUGAAAGAAAAUUCAAUGAUCACCCAUGAAUAUACGUAUAAUGUUAUGUUAAUUUCUCUUGUGGUAAAUAUUGUAGUACGAUUUAAUCAAUGGCCUUCUUUAACCUUUCUAUA